UCUCCCUCGCUAUCGGAGUGUAUAUACAGGUUGCCAGUCAGUGUCUGGCUCUACUCGGUCAGCUAAGGUUUAUCAUGUUGCUGUUGGUCGUAGCUCUCAUCGUUCCUGCCCUGGGGGCCCGCACAGGAUUCACAGACACCGGCACUAUAGAGUGGAGGGACUGUGGUGUUGGCGACUCCUGGGUUUCUGUGAAGCAGUUCGACAUCAGCCCCACUCCCCUCAAGCUUCCCGGAGAUAUAACUGUGUCCUUUGAUGGAACUAUCAGCCACGAUAUCGCUGACCAGAUCACACUGGACGUUCUCAUGGAGAAGAAGCUGCUCGGGACUUUCAUAAUGGUGCCCUGCCAGAUUAAUGUCGGCACAUGCCACUACACCGACCCCUGCCACUUCCUGAACUUCUUCAAACAACGGGGCACCUGUCCGCCCCAGCUGACUGCCAACGGCCUCCCCUGCACCUGCCCCAUCAGCCCCACCAAGCUCCACCUGCCCCCGUCCAAGUUGACCGUCACCAACAUCUGUGAUGCCUGGAAGUUGGCUUUGGAGGAUACCGAGUACCACAUAAAGGUCACUUUGAACGACAAGACCACUAUGCAACUUCGCAGCUGUUUGGAGGCCUACCUGACUAUCGAUGUGUAAAUACCUAUACGUGUC